AUGGAAAGCGGCGAGGACAACGAGACUUGUUGGAUAUGCCUCGAAGGCGUGGAAGGGGUCGACAUCAGCCCAGGUCCCCUCCAAAGCAACCGCCUGAUCAAGCCAUGCCGUUGCCCUCGAGUCGUACACAGCGUAUGCCUGGCGAAAUGGCAACUCAGCCAGAGCGGCAAGAGCGAGGAGAAGUUUUGUCGCUUCUGCAAGGAGCGGCUCCCUGACUGGCAGGCCAACUUGGCCCUGCCCGGCAUGGCGGCAGUGGAGCCCGUGAUGUCGGUGCACUUCAACGGCCAGACCCACAUGGUGAAGGUGAAGUCCGGGGAGGAGGGCCGCAUGGCCUUCAUCCAGGACGUCCGGCGGCUGCUGCGACUGCGGGACAGCCAGGAGUUCUCCAUCACCUUCGAGUGCAAGGUCCCCGGACAUGGCAUGUUCCUGGACCUCAAGGGCCUGUCGUCGUACGAUGCGGCGGUUUUCUGCGCCGCCAUGACGGCCGUAGAACGCCAGCGCCUUGCUGCACAGAAGGCCGCACAGAAGUUGGUUGCCACAUCUGGCUCGCGGCACGCCACCGCUGCUGUUGCCGGCACGCUGCUGCCCGUAUGCUCCUCCGCCACACUCGCGACAAGCCUAGGGGCCGCAGAAAACAGCUCGGCUUCGAGUAUCCUUUCUGGCGGCAGCAGCAGCAGGGGCAGCACUAAUAAUGGCGGAGACAAUACCCAGAGAGAGACAAGCGCGCCUAUCUCCGCAGCCACCCCCGCACCUGCCUCAACCUCGGUCCCGACCUCGUCAUCGUCUCCGUCGCGGCAGAGGACCCUGCAUGGCUCCAGCGCUGGUGCAGCGCAACCCGACCCCGACGUAAGGCCCAACAGGCCUCGUGCUGGCAGCGUUAGCGACGUCGAUGGCCUCCACCCCGCUGAGAGUGCCCAGCGCCAGGCCGCAGGGCCGCAAACAGUCAGCGGCGGCAUGGUUGUCGAGGCGGCGGCUAGUCCGUCGUCUGCCUCCGUACCGGCAGGUUCAGCUCGUCCCGUGCGCCCGCUGGGCUUGGUCCUCAGCGCAACGGACGGUGGCACGCUGGGCGGCGGCGCGGCAGCUGUAGCGGCAAUGGGCCGUGCGAGCAGCAGCGGCCGUAGCGCCAGCUGCCCGCCGCAACAGAACCAGCAACAGCCGGCGGCCAGCGUCUGCCCGGCGCCCCGCGGGCCGACAGGCUGGGGCACUCACACGUACGACAGCGCGUGUGAAGUGGAGUCCGCGGCAGCCAUGGAGAGGGCUGGCGCCUCCGGUGCACCUCCAGACGGCGGCGCCUUGACGGCGGCCGCCGGCGGGAUUGGCGACGGGGAUGCCCGGCAUGGCAAGCCCUUUGCAUGGCACGGGUUUCGCGGUAUUGCGACGCAGGGCGACAGCGGCAGCAGCGGCGUGCCGCCGGCCGUGCCUGUGGACCUUUUUGAGAGGCGGCGCGGGGAGUACGGCAAAGGGACGUGGCUGAGCCGGUUGAUGCUGUGCGCCAGCUUCGGCGGGGAUGAUGGUGAGCCGGUCGGUCAUUGA